CGGCGCGAUUAGGCGAUAGGGUUAUCUCCUCACUCUUUUAACCGCGGGGGCGCCGCCGGAGGGUUAGGGUUUUAGCUGUUGUCGAUCGUUAUGGCGAAAUUUAAUGUGAUCCAGAAGCAGCGGAGGGCGAGCGUCCAGGAUCGGAAGCGGGCGGUGCAUGGGGAUCCCAACACCAGAAAGCUGAAGCUGCGAACUCCCCCCGUCUCCGUCUCCGGCAAGCGCAAGCGGAAGCUCUUCAAGAAAUGGCGGAGGGAACAGAAGGAGGCGAUGGAGAAGGGUUUGGUCACAAUGGAGGACGUCGAGAUGGCGGUGGCUGAGGGGUCUUCUGAGGGCACCAGCAUGAAGCCUAAGGUGAAGUUUCAUUUGAAGAAGGGUUCCAUGUUAAAACUCAAACGAUCAAGAGGCAAAGGUAAAAGCAAAAGAAAAUCUCUCAAAUCCCCGUCUGCACCGGUGGAUUCUAUGGUUGAAUGAUUGCCAAGGAAAAAUGCUUCUAGAUCCCCUCUUAUUGACUCAGUAAUCAAGCUUGGGUACCAGCAUAUAGACAAGUUAUAUGUCCGUCUGAAGUUCUCGGUCUUUGGGUGGUCUUUGGGUGCCCACGACAACAUGAAUGAUGUGCUUCCUUAUUUGUUUAUAACGAUAGUUGAAACAAUGUUACAUGCUUCAGUUCCUCUGAAGAUUUCUGUUUUAAUGUGCCAAGUACUCUCCUCUUUGAUUUCUCAA